CAUCAAAAGGGAAUUCCUUACUAUCUCUGACCUUGGGAGUUAGUUAAGCAUCUUUAGAAACUAGAAAGUGUUGAUUGAAAGGCCACUAAUUUGCCUACAUCAAACAACGAGGCUGAGAAUGUUUGCAUGCUGACCACUCAACUACCUAUCAACCAAAUGAACUGCUAAGAGGUGCAAUCAAAUGGUUGAUACUCUAGUAUUCAGCAGUCCGGUAAGAGAGGGAGAGAGAUAGAAAGAAUGCGGCAUCGAAACAGCUUCUCUGGACACUUCCUAAGGUUCUGAAAAACAAAACGAAAACGUAUAUCCAAUAGAAGAAGUUAAAUACCAACCUUGAAACAACAGAGCCAAACACCUCCUCAAUAUUCAGAACGGUCGCUACAAAUCUUACACAUCUGGCUCGUCUGGCUGUCUCAGUUUUGAGAGUAAGUGGGUCGAAAUCUGCAAGUAAGGUGCUGACAGGGAGAAGCUGCCCGUGUCCCUUGCCUGAAUGAUUGAACUCUUUAGAAUGGGGUAACCGAACGCGUCCAUCAUGUAUGAAGAAACACCGGCAAAUUCGAGGAUUACAGGUGCUUACUCCACAUCUAAUUUUCGAGGAAGUUUUUUUCUACUCUUGUAGGUGCACAUGGUCGCAUUGUAUUUUUUCUCCACCACCUGCCUCUGUUCUGGCAAGACGCGCAAACAGUACCCCAAGCUUCUCACAUGGGACAAAGUCUGGUCUGCGAAAGCUAAUCAUGUCUGUGGGUCCACGUCUGGAACGCAUGAAUACAACCUCGAACUAAAAGCUAGUUACCAAGAAUCACAAAGGACGCCCCUAGGUUGUUAUCCACUUCCGACUUGAAUAUCAACAGGAUGACGUGGUUUGAAAGGUCUCCGCUGGACCGUCACAUUCUCAGCAAGUCGUUGGAAAGGGAAUGUUUGUGGUGAAGGGAGAGGAAUGGGAGAUGCAACGACGUAUGCUCAAACCCUGCUUUUCUAAUGAAUCGCUCAAGCCCAUGGUGGAACUCAUGGUAAAAAGUGCAGCGCAAGAAAUGCUGAACUGGGAGGAAAUGGCAGCACAAGCUGGAGGAAGAGUGAAACAUGAUGUACAGCUUUUAAUAAGUGCUUUGAUAAAGAGAGACAAAUCAUGGGGCAUCUCUUUGCAGCCAUUGGCAACCCUUCUUUCUGGAUCCCAAGUGCUUUUGCCAACAAAACAGGCGACAGCGAUUGCUCAACUCAACGGCAGAACCGAAAAACUAAUCAUGGAGUUGGUCAAGGAUCGGAUGGAUGCAGUACAGAAAGUAGAAAGAGAAUCUUACGGCGACGAUAUUCUUGGUCGUAUGCUGACAGCAACUGAUAGAUUUGAUGGAAGCUUCCACAAAUUUAGCCUCGACGCUGUUAUAGACAACUGCAAGAAGUUUUUCUUCGCUGGCACUGACUCAGGAGCAAAUUUAACCACCUUCCCGUUGUUGAUCCUAGCAAAUUAUCCAGAAUGGCAGGACAAAGACCCUUGUGAGAUGAACGACAUCUCUAGGCUCAAAAUUGCGAGGAUGAUAUCUCAAGAAAUAGCGCGAAUUUUUGCAGUGUCACCGUCAAUAGCUAGAUUAGCCGUUAAGGAUUGCGAAUUAGGCGACCUGUUAAUUCCCAAGGGUUUAGUCAUCGAAAUCGCGACUUUGGCAAUGCACCGUGACCCAGAGCUUUGGGGAAAGGAUGUAGCCGAGUUCAGACCUGAGAGAUUUGCUAAUGGAGCAUCGGCAGCUUGCACUCAUCAUCAAGCAUUCCUUCCCUUCGGAGCUGGACCCCGAAGUUGCAUUGCUGAAAAAAUUUCAUGGCUGGAGGUGAAGGUUGUGCUGUGCAUGAUACUUCGACGUUUUCGAAUCCUACCAUCUCCGAAAUACAAACAUCAUCCUCAUUUUGCCAUAGUGAACAAGCCCAAGUACGGAUUGCCACUCAUUUUGGAGCUCCUGUCGCAAAGCCGGUCUGAUUCCAUAAUGGCGGAGAUCUAG